CCCUCAACAUAAUCCCCACAAGCUCACAGUUAGUACUCCAAGCGAAGAGAGAGUAAGAGAAGCGAGAGGUAGAGAGAUGGAAGUUAUGAAAGUGCUGCACAUGAACGGAGGAAUGGGAGACGCAAGUUAUGCAAACAACUCCCUAGUUCAGCGAAAGGUCAUAACUAUGACCAAGCCCAUCACAGAGAAUGCCAUAACCCAACUCUACUACAGCGCGUUGCCAAAGAGCCUAGUCAUCGCAGACUUGGGUUGUUCUUCCGGACCAAACACUUUGUUUGUAGUUUCUGAACUUAUCAAGGUAGUGGAUCAGCUUCGCCGAAAAUCAGGGCAUGAUCAAUCACCUGAAUAUCAAGUUUUCUUGAACGACCUUCCCGGAAACGAUUUCAAUACCAUUUUCAAGUCGUUGCCAAGCUUCCAGAAAAAAAUGAGCAAUCAAUUGGGGGCUGGUGCAGGUCCAUGCUUCUUUACAGGAGUUCCUGGUUCUUUCUACGGCAGGCUUUUCCCUACCAAAACUCUGCAUUUUGUCCAUUCUUCUUAUAGCCUCCACUGGCUAUCUAAGGUUCCUGAGAUGGUGGAGAGCAACAAAGGGAACAUUUACAUGGCACAUACAAGCCCGCCAAGCGUACUAAGGGCUUAUCAUGCACAGUUUCAAGCAGAUUUCUCAAUGUUUCUGAAGUGUCGUGCAGAAGAGUUGGUGCUAGGUGGACGAAUGGUUUUAACAUUUUUGGGAAGAAGAAGUGAAGAUCCAUCAAGCAAAGAGUGUUGUUACAUAUGGGAACUUUUGGCUAUUGUACUCAAUGAAAUGGUCUCCAAGGGACUCAUAGAAGAAGAAAAAAUGGAUUCUUUCAACAUUCCUCAUUACACACCAUCUCCAUCAGAAGUGAAAUCCGAAGUUCUGAAAGAAGGAUCCUUCUUCAUUGAUUACCUAGAGGUAUCUGAAGUGAAUUGGAGCGUUAAUAAUACAAGCUGUGAAAUAAACUCAUCUGAUGAUCAGUUUUGUGAUGGCGGUUAUAAUGUUGCAAACUGUAUGAGAGCUGUGGCCGAACCCUUGCUUGUUAGUCACUUUGGAGAUGCAAUCAUUGAGGAGGUUUUCAAGAGGUAUAGGGAAAUUCUUUCCGAUCGGAUUUCUAAAGAGAACACUCGCUUUUUCAAUGUGAUUGUUUCCUUGAUAAAAAAGGAAUGAUCAUGAUCAAUAUAUAAACACUAGCUAGCUAGAAGUACUACUGCCAUAUUUAGUUUGAAAUAAAAGGUGGUUUCUUCAACUAAUCUAUCUAGGUAUGUACGCGCGGUACUUACAUAUCCAAGAAUAGUUUAUCUGUAGUUCAAGUUAAGUAUUGUAUGUUUCUUUUCUAAUUUCGGUGCAGAGGGUUCAUUAAUAUAUUAUCCAGUAGUACUUGUACUGCAUGCUUUGUUUUUAAAUGUGUGCUGAGUUAUGUGUAUGAAAGUUUCCCUUGGAAUU